AAACUAAAGCACCGCCCCUUUGAAAGCUUAACGGGAUGUUGGAUGCAUCCAGUCUGGGUUAGCUAGCUAGCAAUGUUCACCUUUUCAUUUCACAAGAGUGGAUGUUCAAGAGGUAAGAGAGUCGGAAACAUGGAAACAUAUUUGCGGGAGCCUCGACAUACAGCGCCGAAACUGUGUGUCUCACUUUUCGUCUUCCUCCUUUUUGUUGUUGUCCCCAUCACGGCUCUGAGCGUCGGCGAGGCGAGGCUUGUCAGAAGCAACACCGCAGCGAAAGAGGUAGAAGACCAUACAAAAUACUACAAUUAUGUGCAAAUGACCCGGCUACUGAAGUUCAUGGCCUUGAAAUACUCUCACAUCGCCAACCUGUCCAGUAUAGGCCAGUCCGUGCAGGGCAGGGAGUUGUGGGUUAUGCGAAUCACAAAGGACCCCAACGCUGACGUACCGGGAAAACCCAAAUGUAAAUACGUGGGGAACAUGCACGGGGACGAAACUAUCUCGAGGCAAGUAUUGGUUUACCUUGUGGACUACCUAUUGACGAGGUAUGGAGAAGACCCGCGCAUCACGGAGUUGGUGACGAGCACGGAUAUUUACAUUAUGCCCAGUAUGAACCCAGACGGGUUCGAAAGGUCGAGAGAGGGUGACUGCAGUGGCGACGCAGGGGGUCGUUCCAACGCCAGGAACGUGGACCUCAACCGAAGUUUUCCUGACCAGUUUGACAAAAUCAACGUCCAGCAAGAGGAUAUUCCCGAGGUUACAGCUGUCAUUAAAUGGAUUCUGGAGAAAAAGUUUGUCCUGUCAGGGAACCUGCAUGGUGGCACUGUGGUGGCCAGCUACCCGUUUGAUGACUCGGCCUCCCAUGUAAUGCAGGGUUACUACAGCCGCUCUGUGGACGACAACCUGUUUAAACACCUGGCACUGACCUACGCCAAGAACCACCCCGUCAUGAGGACCGGGGAGCCCAAGUGCCCAGAUACCCCUGACGAGACUUUUGAGGAUGGCAUCGUCAAUGGGGCAAAGUGGUACGAUGUACCCGGAGGCAUGCAGGACUAUAACUACCUGAAUGGGAACUGCCUGGAGAUCACCAUGGAACUGAGCUGCUGUAAAUUUCCCCCGGCCUCCGAGUUAAAGAAAGAGUGGGACUACAACAGGGAGUCACUCAUUGCCUACCUGGAGCAGGUUCACAUUGGAGUAAGAGGCUAUGUGAAGGAAGCUACCAAUGGGACAGCUCUGCCUGAUGUCAGGAUCAUGGUGGCAGGCAUCAACCAUAACCUGACCACGGCCCAGUUUGGUGACUACUACCGUCUGCUGCUCCCUGGGACAUACAAUGUCUCAGCUAUAGCUACGGGGUACAUGUCCAUGACAGUAGUUGGGGUUCAAGUGGUGGAGGGCAAGGCCACCGAGCUCAAUUUCACCCUGGCACCCCUGGGAAAUGAACACACGGGUGACAUAACCGUACCCUUUACCCCCACCACCACCGGCCCUACCACAACCUCUGACCCUGACUCCACCAGCAUCGAGACCUCCAGCACCACCUCUGAGAUGGGGACCUCUGGGGCCAACGAGAGCUCCACUCCCCAGGAGGCUUGGCCCCCAGCCCAGCCUGAGCACCAGCCCAUCCAGCCACAGGACUUCCGCCAUCACCAUUACAAUGACAUGGAGCUGUUCCUACGCAGGUACAGCAAUGGGUUCCGUUCCAUCGCUCAUCUCUACUCCAUUGGGAAGUCAGCAGAGGACCGUGAGCUCUACGUCAUGGUGAUAUCAGACAACCCCACUGUCCAUGAGCCAGGUGAACCAGAGUUCAAGUACAUAGCUAACAUGCACGGAAAUGAGGUGGUGGGACGCGAGCUACUCCUCAACCUUAUUGAGUACCUGUGCCACAACUAUGGCAGCGACCCUGAGGUCACCCAGUUGGUCAACACGACUCGGAUACACAUUAUGCCUUCCAUGAACCCAGAUGGUUAUGAGAUUGCCAGGGAGGGUGAUGUCAGAGGGUACACGGGACGCAACAACAGUAACAACUUUGACCUGAACCGUAACUUUCCUGACCAAUUUACUACCAUCACUGAACCCAGGCAGCCAGAGACCAUCGCUGUGAUGAACUGGCUCAAGAGUUAUCCCUUUGUGCUCUCAGCCAACCUACAUGGAGGGUCAUUGGUGGUCAACUACCCAUAUGAUGAUGACAAGCAGGGACGUACAGAGUACAGCAAGUGUCCUGAUGACAAGGUCUUUAAACAAGUGGCCAGAGCCUACUCUCAGGAAAAUGCUCUCAUGCACAAAGGACACCCUUGUGAGGACCUUUACCGAUCAGAGUUCUUUGAGGACGGUAUCACCAACGGCGCCAACUGGUACAAUGUUCCCGGUGGGAUGCAGGACUGGAACUACCUGAACACUAACUGUUUUGAGGUGACCAUAGAGUUGGGCUGUGUGAAGUACCCUAAGGCCCAGCACCUGCCUUUGUACUGGGACCAGAACCACAGAGCCUUACUGCAGUACAUCCACCAGGUCCACAGAGGCGUGAAGGGCAUGGUGAUAGACAUUAAAGAUGGUACAGGCAUCCCUAAUGCCACCAUCACGGUGGAGGAGAUCGAUCAUCAAAUCACAACCCACCUAGCUGGAGACUACUGGAGACUUCUGGUCCCUGGAACGUACCACCUCACCGCUUCCGCACAGGGGUAUAACUCAGUAAAGAUCUAUGCCACAGUGCCAGAGGAGGGGGUGGAGCUGGUAGACUUCCGGCUGACACGGAUACGUUCUGAUCCCAACGGCCAGGCCCCAAUGGACCCCAGGGCCACCCAGGACCCUGCAGAGGAGGUGUUCCAGAGCUUCAUUAAGGACCUGUCUCUGGGCCAGGGGCUGGAGCACCUUGUUCAGAGUACCGUCACAGAGAGCAGCUUCAGAUACAGACGCUACAAAGAGCUGUCAGAGUUCCUGAGGGGUUUGACGUUCAACUUCCCCAAGAUCACCUCCCUGCAUAGUUUGGGCCAGAGUGUGGAGUACAGGACCAUCUGGGCCUUGGAGAUCUCCAACAAACCAGAUGAGCCUGAAACGGCCGAGCCCAAGAUCCGCUUGGUGGGAGGUAUCCAUGGCAACGCCCCCGUGGGCACAGAGCUGCUGCUGGAGUUCGCUGCCUUCCUCUGCAUCAACUACGGCAAGAACCCCACCAUCACCAGGCUGAUAAACGAGACGCGGAUCGUCAUCCUUCCCUCCAUCAACCCAGAUGGACGAGAGCUGGCCAGAGAGAAACAGUGCACCUCUACUGUGGGCAUGACCAACACACAUGGGAAAGAUCUGGACACUGACUUCUUCGGUAAUGCCUCCCAGCGCGUGGUGGAGGCUCAGCCAGAGACCAGGGCAGUGAUGGACCUGAUCUUAGAGAGGGGCUUCACACUCUCUGUAGCCCUGGAUGGAGGCUCCCUGUUGGCCACUUACCCCUACGACAAGCCUGUACAGCCAGUUGAAAAUGAGGAAACUCUGAAGUACCUGGCCAAUGUUUAUGCCAGAAACCAUCCCAAGAUGCACCUGGGGGAUACAGGGUGUUCAAGCAAUGACCAAAUGGGUAACAUCCCAGAUGGAGUACUCAGGGCAGCAGAGAGACAAAGUCACAUGGGCAGCAUGAAGGACUUCAGUGUGGACUUUGGCCACUGUCCAGAGAUCACGGUGUAUACAGGCUGCUGUCUGUUCCCCCCGGCCGUGCAGCUGGCCACGCUGUGGGCUGAGAACAGGAAGGCACUGCUUAGCAUGCUGGUGGAGGUCCAUAAAGGUGUGCGUGGCGUGGUAAAGGACAAGAGUGGGAAGCCCAUCGUGGGGGCCAUGAUAGUGUUGAACGGAGGUGUGAGGGUGUUCACUGCAGAGGGAGGCUACUUCCAUGCUCUUCUGGCACCAGGAAACCACAACAUAGAGGCUGUGGCUGAUGGCUACCAGCAACAACGGCAGGAGGUGGUUGUGUCGUCAUAUGAAGCUGCCAGCUCCAUCAUCAUAGAGUUUGACAUGGAUAACCGCAUUUUUGGCCUGCCCCGGGAGUUUGUUGUGGCUACUGCAGCGGCCUCCAUGACGGCCCUGGUGGUGACAGCCUGUAUCAUCUGGUGCGUGUGUUCUGCUAAGUCCAACCAGCAGAAGGAUGGUUUCCACCGGCUGCGGCAGCACCGUGACGAUUACGAGGAUGAGAUACGCCUCACGUCCAUGGGCUCCAAGAAAUCCCUGCUCUCCAAUGAGUUCCAGGAUGAGAGCGAGAGUGAUGAAGAUGCACUCUACGCCAACGCCGACAAACUCUGAGAUCCCACAUACAUACACGGCCAACCUGGUUCGUAUUCGUUAGGCAGCAAACAGACGGAAGCAGGGAAGUGACAACAAGAAACGCUUGUUUUUGCUAUCUGUUGUUCAAAAACAUUUUGCUACGGUGUGCCCUAAUGAAUACGAUCCUGUUAGUACUGGGCAAUUCCACAUUAACAGAGUGACGCACUACUUAUGCACUACUUUUAACAAUUUCCAUAGAACAUUUUACAAAAACACUUACUUGAACAUUUACUUGAACAUUUACUUGAAGAACAAUGCUGAUGCAAAGUUUAGUAACAGAAUUAUGGUUUGUGCAGUUGGUGCCGUCAUUUGGUGCCGUCAGUUGGUGCCGUCAUUCUGUUACCAAAAUUUGCAUCUGCACUGUUCUUCAUGUAAAUGUGUUUUUGUAAAAUGUUCAGUGGAAAUUGUAAUAGUUAAGAGUGCAUAGAGUUGUAAGGUUUUUGUUUGACAUACAUUUUAAACAUGAGAAAUCUUUAGUCUCAGCAUCACUCUGUUACUGUUGAAGUGCUCUACUGCCCAUCCCUGUGACUGUUGAGUUGGCUGGUAUUGUGCUCUGUGGCUCUGCUUUACUGGAGGGAAAGGGAGGAAGAGGUGCAGCAGGGAGGGCUUGUUCUUGUCCUUUCCUAUAAGAUUCCCCAGGUCCUAUUUGCUGUUCUCCUCCAGCCCACCAGAGAGAGGUGUUUCAGAGUCUACAACUGUCCUCUAUGGCUGGUGUCCAAGAUGACUCGUCCAAAUCAGCACCUGCUUGGCUCUGUUCAUGGAUGCACACUAAAGGCCUAGUGGAGCUGGGAAACCUUUUUUUUUCUUUCAUGCACGCAACACACACAUGCACACUUUUGCAGCUAAUCACGCAUCAACCUGUCCAUAUGUAUUUGAUACUUAUACUUUGAACUAGUACCAAGGAAUACACUAACUACAGUAAUUUGAAAUUAUUCAAGAAAUGUCAGUUUCUCCUGGUUUUUGUCAAUGUUGUCCCAGUCCAGUUAGCCAAUCUUUCAGAGGGAGCAUCAAACACAGUGCCUUGGAUGCUGUAGAGUUAGAUACCCCACUCUCUUGUAGGGCUAUAGUACAGAAGCGUGGUGGUGUGGGUACUAGAAGCAUAGUAAAUAUACUAGAAUCUCGUCCAGAUUAUGGCCUAGUACAGAUUAUAAUCUGUGAUCUAUCAGAUACUCGGGUGGUAUGGAAGACCUAAUAGUCAUCCAGGAUUCUUGAGUAUUUUAAAUGAUGCACUCUCAGUGCAGAAGCCUUGCAAUGGGCCUGGGUUCACAGGCUGCAUGUGUUUUCACUUCUAUUGCCCUCUGCUUAUUCAUGUGCCCUCUUGGACAUACAGCACAAGGCCCUCUAUGCAUUGUACUACAAGCACUGUAUGUUAAAUACAAAUACAUGAUUCCCCAUUUAAUUGUUCAGGGAAAGCACUUUGAAAUAGAUGCAAAUACUGUAGAUUACAAAUGGAUGGUUUUCUUUAAAAAAAAAAAAGUUUUUUAAAUGAAUAUGUAUGCUUUGUUUCUUUCUACGCACAGACCAGCUUGUUUAAAAUGUUUCAUAUCUUAAAAUGACCUUUUAAGAUGGCAAAUUACUUACCCAUGCUUUAAUAAUCAGCAGCAACAUAUAUGUAUAUUUAGUUGUAAUUUACUUUUAUUUUUAUUUUUGCUGUUAAUUUUUUCCAUGCAUUCAUUCAUGAUUUAUUUGUACAUCUGAUAUAAUACAAUUCUAUCAAAUCCUUAUGGUAGAUGGCAGCCCUACAUUACUGAAACGGUGCAACAUGUCUGCUCUAGAAUCAUCCAGCAGUGGCGGGAGUGUUUAGAGAGGAGGGCAUCUUCCUCUACAACAGUGGUCACCAACCCUGGUCAUGAGGAGUAUGAGGUGUGCAGACUUGUUCCAGGCCAACACUGACCCUCCCAAUUCUACUCUCAUCAAUGUCUUAUUGAGUAACUGGUUAGUUGAAUCAGGUGUGUUAGUGCUGGGCUGGAACAAAACCCUGUACACCAUGUAGUUAUUCAGGACCAGGGAGGAGGACCACUAGUCUACAGGAGUGACUGACUCCUAGCUUACAUUUCUGUUGCACAUAAUCAAUAUUGUAGCGAAGCCAGCUAAUCUUAGGGAAGGGGGAGAAAUUAAGUUAUUUUUGUUUUACUUUCUGUGUGUGUGUGUGUGAGAGAUGGAGAGCGUGUGUUUUCUGAAUGGAUGUUGGUGUUUUGAUAUAAAUGGUUAUUUUUGUUUCUUUUUAUAUGAAACUGAAUUGAUUGUAGAUAAUGAACUGUUGCCAAGUGUAUUUGAGUGAGAAAAAUAAGUGCAAUUCAAGUUAACCCUGACAAUACAACACACAUUUCAUAACAAACCAACCUGUUACUUUGUGGUGAUUAUUUUUAUUUUAACCUUUUAUUUUACUAGGCAAGUCAGUUAAGAACAAAUUCUUAUUUACAAUGGUGGCCAACCCCGGCCAAACAAUAACCUGGACGACGCUGGGCCAAUUGUGCGCUACCCUAUGGGACUCUCAGUCAUGGCCUGUUGUGAUACAGCCUGGAAUUGAACCAGGGUCUGUAGUGAAGCCCUGAGUUGCAUUGCCUUAAACCGCUGCGCCACUCAGGAGCCCCAUAUGACAGACCAUACUGACAUGAACAUUCUUCAAGACACAUUGAUGAAAUAAAUAAUUUUCUUUCAA